CCAUCCGGCGCACUUCCGGGUAGUAGCUCAGCUAGCCGACGAGACGAAACAAUUUUGUAAUUUUUUUUUUUUUACAAUGACCAGACAUGUGUAACCGACAGAGCGGCUUUACAAUGAGGAGCAUAGUGUUAAUUGCCUUUCUGGCUCCUUGUUGGGUGAACGGUGCCAUUAGGCCAAGAGUUACCGAGGAGGAGACUCACGAAGAAAACCCGGAGUUCGAUGGUCUGAACUCCAUGCUGUCAGAUUUUGAGGUGCUGCCGCUGUCAGGCCUCCAGCUGCACUCUGUAAGAAAGAGGGACGUCCACGCCCAGUCGCACCUGGAGCGACUGGUGAGCUUCAGAGCCCUGCAAAGGCAUUUCAAGCUUUACCUGACAACAAACACGGACCUUUUCACUGACAAAUUCAAAGCUGUGUUUGUGGACCAACAUGGGAGUGAAGAAAACUAUGAUGUUCAGCUGCAGAACUAUUUCACUGGACAUGUUGUUGGAGAGGAGAAUUCCCGUGUGCAGGCACACAUUGACGGGGAUGAGUUUUCUGCUCACAUUCUAACCGAUGAAGCAGAAUAUAAUGUGGAGCCCCUGUGGAGGUUUACCGAUUCCCCAACUGAUGGCAGGCUACUAGUUUAUCGCUCGGAGGAUAUAAAGAACCUGACCCGCAUUGUGUCUCCAAAAGUGUGUGGUUACAUCCACGCAGAGGCCCAGGACCUUCUGCCACAGACUGCAAGGAGCGAAUGGGAGGUGCAGGAGGAGGAGGAGGCCCAGGAAAACGAAUUUCACCAUCGAGAGAAAAGACAAGCUCAUGACCAUAAGAAGAACACCUGCCCCCUGUUGCUGGUUGCAGAUUACCGCUUCUUCAAGCACAUGGGCCGCGGACAGGAGAGCGUCACUCUCAACUACCUGAUCGAGCUCAUCGAUCGAGUUGACGACAUUUAUAGAAACACCUCCUGGGACGAAGAAUUCAAAGGCUACGGGGUCCAGAUCCAUCAGAUCAUUAUUAACAAGGAGCCUACGAAGCCUCCCCCUGGCCAACAUCCCCUCCACUGGGUCAACUAUAACAUGGAGGACAGCCCCUCAGGAAGGGAAGUCUGGGACGUGAAGAAACUUCUGGAGCAAUUCAGCUCAGACAUGGCGGACAAAGCCUCCGAUGUGUGUCUGGCCCACCUGUUCACCUACCAGGACUUUGAUGAGGGGACCCUGGGGCUGGCCUACGUGGCCCCGUCCAAACCUCAGGCCCUGGGUGGCCUCUGCCCAAAACCGUACUAUCCAACCCACUCUGUCAAGAAGCCCAGUUACCUCAACACGGGCCUGACCAGCACCAAGAACUACGGCAAGACCAUCCUCACAAAGGAGGCAGACUUGGUGACCACUCAUGAGCUGGGCCAUAACUUCGGAGCAGAGCACGAUCCUGAUAACAUUCCUUACUGCGCUCCCAGUGACGACCACGGGGGGAAGUUUGUCAUGUACCCCAUCGCUGUGAGCGGAGACCAUGUUAACAACAAGCGUUUCUCCAACUGCAGCAAGAUCUCCGUCAGAAAGACGUUAGGGUUCAGGGCUCCUCAGUGCUUCAAGGAGAGGAACAGUAAGGUAUGUGGAAAUUCCAGAGUGGAGGAAGGGGAGGAGUGUGACCCCGGGCUACUGCACCUCAACGAUGACCCCUGCUGCUCCCCUGAGUGCAAGUUCAAACCUGGCUCACAGUGCAGUGACAGAAACAGCCCUUGCUGUAGGAAUUGCAAGUAUGAGCAGGCAGGAACGAGGUGUCAGGAACCCAUAAGUGCUACCUGCAAAGGCAUAUCCUCCUGCACAGGUAACAGCAGCCAGUGUCCACCUCCUGAAAACGCAGCCGACGACACGGUUUGUGUGGACAACGGCCGGUGUCACAACGGAGAGUGUAACCCGUUCUGUGAGGCCAUGCAGAACCUGCAGUCCUGUGCUUGCAAUGAGACGGAGAACUCUUGUAAAGUGUGCUGCAGGGGAAAGGAUGGCACCUGCGCUCCCUUCGUCCAGGCCAGCGGCAGCUUCCUUUUCCUUCGCAAAGGAAAACCCUGCACUGUGGGCUUCUGUGUCGAAGGCGGAAAGUGCUUGAAGCAGGUGCAGGAUGUGAUCGAGAGGUUGUGGGACUUUAUUGACAAGCUGGACAUUAACACAUUUGGGAAGUUCUUAGCUGAUAACAUAGUCGGCUCAGUCGUGGUGUUUUCUCUCGUCUUCUGGAUUCCUCUCAGCAUCCUGGUUCAUUGUGUGGACAAAAGACUCGACCAGCAGUAUGCAGAGAACACAAAGUCCUUCUACUACCCUCCGAGUAAUCAAGACAUGCUGAACAACCUCGAGUCAGCGUCCGUGCGCAUCGUCAAGCCACCUCAGCCUCCCUCCUCCUCCGGCGGCCGGACCGCGCCCUCCUCCCAGCUCCAGCAGCCUCAGCAGCUGAGCCAGGCCCGGGCCCCUCCCGCGGCCAGCAGCAGCAGUACCCCGGGCCCCGCCGCGAGCUACGUCCCCACCCCGGACAGCGCAGGGGGGCCGCGGAUGGCCACCAUCCAGGAGGACACCAGCAGCGACUCUCCCCUGGGAGAGGAGGGCCUGUCGGACGAUUUCACAACCGCAGGAGCCUGCUCGUCGGCUACGAAAUCCUCCUACGAGGAUCUGACAGAACAGAACCCACAAGCCAGGGACCGGCGGCGCCUCAAGAGGCAGGAGUGCAUUGACACUAAAGAGACAGAGUGCUGAGAGUCAUCAAGCAGCUCUUGUUGUUUAAAAGAACCAACAUGCAUCCUGAUGUUUGUUUUUAGGGAACACGGAACCACAUGCAGCGUUACGUGCUUUAGUCUUUAUCACACCACAGUAUCUGUUAGUGUAACAUAAUGCACCUUGUGUAGGUCAGACCUUAGUGUUCUAAUGUGUUUUUUCAGUCGCCUACAGUGAGCCACCAAACAGACGAGAAGUCUCCAAUCCCUGUAACUGCACACGUUGUUUAGUCGAUUUACAUUUUUGUGCCUUUUGGGCCAGUUCAAGCUCUGGAGGUCUGAGAAGGUCAAGGACAUAAAUCUGCUGCGAGCCAGCUCCUCAGACACAUAAGUUAAUGAUCAUCUUCUCAUAACCCAGUGGCUGAAGGGGUUUCGAAUAUGCAAAUAGUCGUCAGAGCCAAAAAAACAGAUUAAUUAUUCAAGUAAAAGCCCUCCAGAUUAAGACCGACUGCUUUACCUCUGCAGCCACCACAGAGCAGCGGGUGAGUUAUGAACACAUUACUGAUGGUUCUGUUCCAGUAGAGGAAACGCUUCAGUGCGAUUUGUUACGUUGGUGGACUUCUUUAAAGAAGCGUCUUUAAUCCGUGUCAUUACUGCACUUAUAGUAUUUUAACAUCACUGGAGAAUUGAAGUUUUAUUCAUGUUCCUUCUGUGCCGUUUCUUUUUUUAAAAAAAAAAUCGCAGGCUUGUGUAACUCCUGUGGAUGCAGCGUUUUAAUCCUGUGCGAGGGAGACGGAGCGGUUUCCUUAGUGUUAAACGAAUUUAGAAAGUGAAAAUUAAAGUGAGGAAUAAGUUUUGUAAUCUUGUUAAACCUCUCGUAGUGCUGUGGUUGAAAACAAUAUGGUGCCUUUUCUUUGGAUUUUGUGCCUGACUGCUCCGUGCCGAUGUAUUUGUGUGCAGGUUUAAUCAGGUGACCAUCACAUGACACUCACGAAGCGCAGGAUGCUCCAGUGAUGCUUUAGUCUGGGUUAAAUGUGAGCCGUGCGCCUCUUUAUACCUGCUGUCUGACCACUGUUACCUGCUGAAACUGUAACGCGUAUUUCACUGUAGGUCAAAAAAACAAAGCAGUAGAUUGUGCAGCUAGCCGUUAUUCUGCAGGAUGGAUGUAGAACGUAGUGAACAGAUCACAUGAUGUGUAUAUUCCUGAUGCUUCUGUGUUAUUAAUGUCAAUCACUGAAUUCCUUUUGUUUUUUUUAACUUCUUCACUUGCAUUACCUUCACACGUCUCAAAAUAAAAAAAUCUUUAUUGCUCA